CCUAUCUAGAAUUUUUGUAGAAGUUCAAGAUCGAAAUCUUGAGGUUACAGAACUUCGACGGCGGACCACGACCAAGCCCCGACUCUUCUGCUUCGCACACAAAUCUCAGAACUGCAGCCGAGAUGAAGCCUAGAAGAUUCCACGGCCUAAGGCGGCCGAAACUCCGCCAGAGCUGGAACAAGUACAACCUCUUCAACAUCUACAGUUUCAAGGAUCCCAAAAUCGGUCAAAGCGACUCCCAAACAUUCUUCCAGCAGAAAUGGAAGGCGAAGGGUUUAUUGCGAAACUACCACGGCGAGCACGUCGUCGAGCGCAAGUGGACGCGCAUGUUUAGUCGCCGUCUGCUGGGUGUCGUCGACAUGGACGCCAAGUACAUGGCCGCCUCUGACGGUUCCGAGAAGGCCGCUGGUAGGGGAUCUGGGAAGGAUGAACGACCGAGAUUUAACGAUAUAGUGGUGAACAAACGCGCAUCGACACCCUACAUGCAGAUGACAUUUGCGCCUAUGGAGAGACGGUUGGAUAUUGCUGUUUUCAGAGCUAUGUUUGCGAGUAGUGCGAGGCAGGCAAGGCAGUUCUGCGUUCACGGUGCUGUGAAAGUCAAUGGCAAGGUGAUGCCAUACCCGGGCUACCGUCUCAACCCCGGCGAUAUGUUUCAAGUAGACCCCGAGCGCGUCCUCCACGCAACCGGCGCCCCGAAAGAUGACCCCAACAAAUCCCGCUACAAGAACAAGCCAAAAAAAUACACCAACGCAAAAGACGUUGAGGCGGCGCCAGAAGCAGAAGAAGCCGAGACAGCAGCCGAAGAACCUGCCGAAUCAGAAGAUCCAGAGCAAGACCCAGACACGACAGACAAGCCAGACGCCCCCCAAAUCAACCUGAAGCCCACGCGAGAACAAAUCAUGGAAGUCAUAUCUCGCGCCAAGAUCAUCACAACAGACGGCGCCAUCAGCUCAACACAAAAACAGCGCCUCCGGUUCUUCAUGAAGAAGAUGCGAGCGCUAGCAGCGCAAACCGGGCGACCGGACAUGACACCAGCCGAGGUAGCAGAGCAGCUAUCGGCACAUCUGUCAGACCUCAGCCUCGCGAUGCCCUCCACGCCCACACCCGCAGCCCCACCCGAAACGAAAGCAUCCUCGCUGUUACCGGCAGACUUCGCCUACGAGCUCAGCCCCGCAGACAUGAAGAAGCUCGAGGCGCGGGUCGCGGAGCACAUGCGCGAGGAGGAGGAGAACCCGCGGGACCGGAGCAAGCCGUACAAGACGCCGUGGCGGCCGCGCGACUGGAUGUCCCCCUUCGCCUUCAUCCCCAAGUACCUCGAGGUCAACCAGAACGUCUGCUCCGCCGUCUACCUCCGCCACCCCGUCGCCAAGGUCGGCCGCGGCGAGGUCCCCACUCCCUUCCCCGAGUACAUCAACCAGCUCGCCUUCAACUGGUAUCUGAGACGGAGGUAGAUGGGCUACGUGUGUGUGUAGCUUUAUCGGGUAGUUAUGAGAUGGCUAGCUGUGGUAGGAAAAACACCGCUUUUUGAUGGAUCGAGGGAUCCGUUUAGGAGCUGCGGGCUCUGUCGUAGGUGAAGAUACAUCUACGGAAAGGGGUUACGGGCAGAAAGGGGCUUCGGGAAUGUCAUGUGCUAUACAAAUGCCCAGAGUAGCCUGAGAUACUGCCUAGCAUAGCCGGUGAUGCUACCUUCCUACUCCUAUGACUGCUCGCCAGGUAGUCUGAUGGAUGAUGGGCCGAAAUUCUUCUCUGUAUAUACCUAGGUACUUAUAUAGAGAUAACAUGUAUGUACAAUACAAUGUAUAUGAUCACCACUAACC